CUCGAGGGCCGGGAUUGGCCAGAUCUGAAGACUCUCAGGAAGGCGAAGACGCUCCUGUCACGUGGCCGCCGCCCAGCCUGGGCUGCAUGAGCUGGGGGCGGGCGCCCGUCGUCCUGCUCGGCGGAGGGGCCACGCUGCUCGUGUCGAUUCUUUGGAUGCCCGCGCUGCUGCCGCCGGCUUCCCGCCUUCUCUUGCUGCCCCGAGCCUUACUGUCCAUGGCUUCUGGAAGCCCUCUGUCCCAGUCUUCUCCGGCCUCGGGCUCCGGCUACGUUCCAGGAUCAGUUUCUGCAGCCUUUGUCACUUGUCCCAAUGAAAAAGUCGCCAAGGAGAUCGCCAGGGCGGUGGUAGAGAAGCGCCUGGCAGCCUGUGUCAACCUCAUCCCGCAGAUCUCGUCCAUCUAUGAGUGGAAAGGGAAGAUCGAGGAAGACAGUGAGGUGCUGAUGAUGAUUAAAACCCAAAGCUCCCUGGUCCCUGCUCUGACAGAGUUCGUUCGAUCUGUGCACCCUUACGAAGUUGCUGAGGUGAUUGCAUUGCCUGUGGAGCAGGGAAAUCCCCCAUACCUGCAUUGGGUGCGCCAGGUCACAGAGUCCGUUACAGAUUCUGGCACAGGCCCCUCCUCUGCUUAAUGCCUCCUGGUUUCUAGGUGAUGACUGAGCCCCCAAUAAAUCCUCUUUUGUUCUGUC